UAGAAGAUCAGUUUCCACUUCAGUGCUGACUGAAAGCAGCUCUGUGGCUCAAGAAAUCUGUCAAAACAAAAGUUACUCCUGUCAUCAAAUUCCUGGUUCAACCCUGAAGGAUGGAAGAGCUGAACUUCAACAUGUCUUGGGAAAACAGUUUUAAUCACAGCAACAUGAACAUGAACUUCAGCAGCUCUCAUUAUAACCAGACGGAUUUCAGGGACAUGGUUGCACAUAUCAUAAUGUGGGUGAAUUGGAUCACCCUUGGUAUUGGACUUCCUUUAGUUCUGAUAGUGAUGAUUGCAGUUUUUUUCCAGGUGAAAAAGGACCAAGGUGCUCCGGUCUACGUCAUCAACCUUCUCAUCUCUGAUUUCAUUCAGCUCUGCUCCAGGAGUUUGAUAAAUAUACAUCCAUCUGAAUUCGUCGCCUUGUUCAUCACAUAUUAUGGUCUAUUUGUUAGUGUUGGAUUCAUGAUGUGUGUCUCUUUUGAAAGGUAUCUGGUCGUUGCCAAGCCACUGUGGUACAGAUUCAGGAGAAACAUCAAGAUAUAUGUGGUGGUCUGCAUUGUGGUCUGGAUACUUCCUCUUCUUUUUCAGCUAUUUGCUUUUCUGACUCUAGCUGAUGAGAUGGCGAUCAUCUUCAUAGUUGUUCUCCUCCUGCCUUUUCCCUUGUUCAUCUUCUUCCUGGUUGGGACUAUCAAAGCUCUCUCUGGAGCUCUCAGUGUCCCAGCAGAUGAAAAACGACGAAUCGCAGCCAUUCAGGUUGUGGUGCUGAUUAAUUACACUCUGCUUUAUCUGCCCUUCAUCAUUUUGCUUCUGAGUCUCUUUCAUGUAAUUGAUGAUCAAUUCCGCUUUAAUGUCUCCGCUGUGUCUGUUGUUUGUAUGUGUCUUAGUCCUCUUGCAGACACAACUUUGUAUUUAUUCAUACGGAAAAGCAUCAUGGACAAGUUUCUGGCUUCACUGUGUUCUUGUAAAAUAUCUAACAAUCAGGAAAUGAGCAGCACAGAUUAUGAAAGCAGGACUGCAACAGCUACUGAGACUGUUUAAGUUUUAAUAUCUGUUAUGAUGCAAGAGAGUGUCCACAAUAAUCAGUUUGCUGCAGCUGAUUUUGAAGUCAAGUGUCAAAUCACUUUUCUUCUGCUAUCAUCUGCCUGUAACUUUAUGGCAAUGAAAUAAUGAAAGUUUGAUACUUAUGUUUAGUUUCAGGAAUAAUAAUUUCUACAUUGUUAUAAUUGGAUCUGAACUCCUUUUUACUGGUAUAAUUAACUUCAUUUAUUCAUUUAUUUUCAUAUCCUGAUGGCUGUUUCUCAGAACCAUGAGCGCCGAUUCAGCCAGGAUUUUCCAGAUAUCCUGGCUGAAUUAAGUCUGGACUUUGUGUCACAAUGCAGUAGUUUCAUGAUGCGUUACCAUGGUGAUUCAUCCUGUGCAGCUGACCUGCUCCAGACCGGCUAACAGCCCGGCUGAAUUCAUCCCGGAGCCUGAUGUGUUAGAAUCACACUGAUCAGAAACCAAUACAGUUUGUAUGUGAUUUUGUUUUCUUAUUUGUCGUUUUUUUUAUUAUCCUGCAUUAAAAUACUGAUUAAUUUUAAUAUUCAAAUAUUACUAUUGUUUUAACAUUAUGAUAGUAACUAUAAUUAUCCAUGUGGGAAUUGUUAUUUUCACAGUUAUUCUGAGACUGCUGCUGUUAUAAGUUUGACAGAAAAACAUUUAAUAGACUACUGCAUGUGGUGCCAAAUGAAUUUUUAAAAUUAAUGGCACUGAACUUAAAAUGUUGACAACUUAAACAUAUUUAGUUUGACAUUUAAUUAAAUGUAUGCAAAGUUUGAAUGACACAAUUUUUAAAGCUUAUUUAUUUAGAUUAUAAACAUACAUUGUGCCUCUACCAAGAGAGCUGAAGCUCCGUUACAUCUUACCUUGUCAGACAGUAAAGAGCGUUUUGAACAGGUUGGCUUUACCUGCGUGAGCGUUAACAUUUCUCUGGGUCUGAUGUCAGCUACCUGUGCAGACUGCUGGCCCUCAGUAWCCUGCAUCACUCCAAACAGAGCCAGAUUUAAAUGACACACAGAUGAUGUUUGAUGCUGAUGGCAUCUUGAGUAACAUUGAGACAAAGUGGCCUUGCUCUGUCCAUGACCUUCAUGUCGACAGAUGAGCUUAAUUUCUCUGCUAAAAUAAAUAUGAGAAUGAAACAUGACAGCAUGCACCAAGUCAGUGGCUCCCAAAGAUUUCCUUCUGGUUCAUUGGAGCAAAUGACAGGUUAUCCCUUAAUUGGGAUGAUACAUGAUGUUUUGUAGUUAGGAGAAGUAUUAGGAAAUUUGCAGCAUCUAUGCACCACAAAUCUGGAAUAAACUUCCAGAAAACUGUAAAACAGCUGAAACACUGAGUUCCUUUACAUCAAGACUAAAGGAUGAAGUCUGCGUAUAGUUGCUUUAGACCCAUAAACACUGGAACAUUGACCAACAUAUGUAUAGAUGAUUUUAAUCACAUAACUUGACAAAAUGUACAGAAAGAGGAAGAGGAGAGAGUCUGAGGUGAAAUUAGGAGACAACACAGAGGAAGAGGCAGAAGAAUCAUCAUGCCAGUUUUCAUCGCUCCAUCAUCAUCAGGAAAUGAUUUGUGACCCACAACAGGAGGCUGAAGAAGUUCCUAAUACUCGUUACUUAACCUAAUUGAGGAAUUUUUCUCAGCAUGAAUUUGGAAAUUAUAAUAUUAUGUAAUUCCUACAGCACUGCAUGUACCUUUCCUUAAGCAGAUUGU